AUGCCCCCUCCGUCUUGGGUAUUCGUAUAGCAGCAAAAAACUUUGAAGGAGUGUCUGAGAUUGUAGCCGUGCUGCUCUUUAAACCAGUCACGGAUUCACUCGGUUCAUCUCUAAGGAUGGAAUAAGAGGCAAACAUGGUGGUAAACUCAGUGCACUGGUUUCGGAAAGGUCUGCGUUUGCACGAUAAUCCGGCGUUACAGGAGGCCUUGAAUGGAGCAGACACAGUGCGCUGUGUUUAUAUCCUGGACCCUUGGUUUGCUGGCGCCGCUAACGUUGGAAUCAACAGAUGGAGGUUCCUGCUGGAGGCUCUGGAGGAUCUGGACAACAGUCUGAAGAAACUUAACUCCAGAUUGUUUGUGGUCAGAGGGCAGCCUACUGAUGUUUUCCCAAGGCUUUUUAAGGAAUGGAAAGUGACUAGGUUAACAUUUGAAUAUGACCCAGAGCCCUAUGGAAAGGAAAGAGAUGGAGCCAUCAUUAAGAUGGCCCAAGAGUUUGGGGUGGAGACCGUCAUCAGGAAUUCACACACCCUCUACAACUUGGACAGGAUAAUUGAGAUGAACAACAACAACCCUCCUCUGACCUUUAAGCGGUUUCAGACUAUGGUGAGCCGCCUGGAGCUGCCACGCAGACCUCUGAUGCCUGUGACUCAGCAGCAGAUGGAGAAGUGUUGCACUCAGAUCGCUGAUAACCAUGACCAACUGUACAGUAUACCUUCACUGGAGGAACUGGGUUUCAAGACCGAGGGUUUACCUCCUGCUGUGUGGCACGGAGGAGAAUCAGAGGCUCUGGACAGACUCAACAAACAUCUGGACAAGAAGGUGUGGGUGGCAAACCUCGAGCACUCCCGGGUCAACACCUGCUCUCUGUAUGCCAGCCCCACCGGCCUCAGUCCCUACCUGCGCUUUGGCUGUCUGUCCUGUAGGGUUUUGUACUACAACCUCAGGGAGCUCUACAUGAAGCUCCGGAAGCGCUGCAGUCCUCCUAUGUCUCUUUUUGGCCAGUUGUUAUGGAGGGAAUUCUUCUACACAGCUGCCACAAACAACCCAAACUUUGACCGCAUGGAGGGAAACCCCAUCUGUGUUCAGAUCCCAUGGGACCAAAAUCCAGAGGCACUGGCCAAGUGGGCUGAAGGUCGGACUGGUUUUCCCUGGAUCGACGCCAUCAUGACCCAGCUCAGGCAGGAAGGUUGGAUCCACCACUUGGCCCGUCAUGCCGUGGCCUGUUUCCUCACCAGGGGAGACCUGUGGAUCAGCUGGGAGAGUGGCAUGAAGGUGUUCGAGGAGCUGCUCCUGGAUGCAGACUGGAGCGUGAAUGCCGGCAGCUGGAUGUGGUUGUCCUGCAGUGCCUUCUUCCAGCAGUUCUUCCACUGUUACUGCCCUGUUGGCUUUGGAAGGAGAACCGACCCAACAGGAGACUAUAUCAGGCGUUACAUUCCCAUCCUGAAGGACUACCCCAACCGCUACAUAUAUGAGCCGUGGAACGCACCCGAGUCCGUGCAGAAGGCCGCCAACUGUGUGGUGGGAGUGGAUUACCCCAAACCUAUGAUCAACCAUGCUGAGAGCAGCCGGCUCAACAUUGAGAGGAUGAAGCAAGUUUACCAGCAACUCUCCCAUUACAGAGGACUUAGUCUGUUGGCAUCAGUACCAACAAUCCAGGAGGAGGCAGAGCCACCGAUGACUGAUGAGUCGCAGACCAGCAGUGGCCCUGACUCUCCUCAUCGAGGUCCCAACGACUGUGAGGAAACUGGCUGCUCCAUGGCUCCUGAUUCUUCCACAACCUGUCCCUCCUGCUGUGCUCCACCUCCAGACCCAGAGGAAACACUCUGCACCGCCUCAGGCUCAAAGCUCAACUUAACGGCUGCUUCCGCCAGCCUGACUCAAGCCACAGCCACUCCACUCUUACCAGCCUCAUCAGUCAGGGGCCCUCUUUCUAGAGCCAAACCUUCCUCCCCUUCCUCUUUGUGUUCUGCCCUGUCUCUGUCCUCGAGCCCAUCCCCAACUCAGGCCUCUUGUUCGAGUCAAAGGAGGAAGGGCCUUGUCCGCAAGAUGCGGCGCAGCCAGAGGCACCGUGGGCGACAGAGCUGUGCUACAUCAUAUAGGGAGGGUGGGGGAAAACCAGAGGACGAGGAGCAGGAGGAAGCAGGAGGGGAUGAGAGGAUGGAGGGUGACGGUGAGCAGGAUGAAGAGAGAAUGGAAGAGGACUCAACGGGACUAAACCAGUGAACGGUGGUGAGAACAGUCUUCAAAUUGUCCCAGAAAACCUACAAUUAUAACUAUAUGUAUUAUAAGCAUGCACACAACACAGAAGCACUGACCUGACAUUUUUCCACGGAGGAAAAAUAUUGUCUAUACAAUAAUUUGCAACGUUUCUCACAAAUACCGAACUCGUUCCAAACGGAACCAAACCGCCGCAACUGUAAAUGAAGCCACAGGCGCGAAAAGUGAUAAUGUACAGUUACCUCUGUUAGACACACUGAAGGUUUCACACAGACUGCCAGUCAGUAGCAGUUUGUCUAUUUGACCUCGUGCUUCUAUACAGGUCCUAAGAAGGUCGCCUGUCUAGAGCUGAGUAGGUCUGAGGCAGGGUCUAGUUCUUCACCUUUUAUGACUACAGUAAUUGUGGCUGUGGGGCAAGUCCCAGGAAUCAAUACUUGGAGGCCAGAAGACAACUAUUGUUGUUAAGAAGCAGAUUUAUGUUCAUUGUAUUUUCCUCUACUAUGUACAGUUGUGGACCUUUUGUGGAGCUGCUUUAGGAGGCUCUCUAUUCUAUUCCUAAUGGAGAACUGUUCAGGUCCCAAGAACAAGGAGGAUAUUUCUAUGAUGCCAAUGAUGAGCGACCUUUAAACACUAUAUGUUAAUAUGUAAUUAGUUUUCUGUUCUUUUUUGAGGCUUGCAUGUCUAUGAAGAGUAGAGUGGAGAGCAGAAACAAAUUGUACAGUAGAUGUGACACAGAGGAAAGAGACUUCAAAUGUUUUGCCGUAUGUGUCUGUGGCAAUAGAAAAUUCUGCUUGUGUGGAAUGAAUGUAGAAACCUGUGUGGUUCUCCCCAUGUAUUUAUCAUUCAGUUCAGAAAGUGGACACAGUUUCUCCUUAGUUGGUUUUCUCUACAACAUUGUACAUUAAUACUUAGGAAACCUCUCAUGACAAAAAUAUUGAAUGAUGGCGUCAACACUAGGUGAAAUAAUCCCUUUCAUGACGGCUUGGUUGAAUAGUUUCAGUUCACAGUGCUGAUCUUCAGACACACCUCUAGGUCCUGCUAAGAAGACUAGUGGUGGUGGUGCUGCACCCGUCACCAGAGGUGGAACUAUUGGGUCCAGUUAGUGAACGAAAAGCAGCAUUAGCCCCUCUGGGAACUGAGAGAGUGUUUGCAAACACUGUAUAAAGCUGUUGUUGUUCUCUGGUAGUUUUCUUCAUUAAUAAAGUACAAUGUUGGAAAUGUAGGCAAGAGAAGUCACUGAAGGAGAAGGUUUGUCUGACAGAUGUAUAUGUAGAAUCAUAACCUGUCUGGUUACUAAUGCUCUGAGCAAGAAGGUUUCACAAAGGCUUGAGUGUUGUUGCUGCCUGAAUGUGCCUUACAGAGACCCUCCACUAGAGGCUGACACAGUUAAGCAGAGAAUGUCUAUGGCCCUUUCAUCAGCUGCUUGCUUUCUGGAUUAAUCCAACAAUAAUUAUGCCUCGAUGUUAUCCUGACAGGUGUUUGUCCGGCUUCUUUAAAUGCAUCUGACAUCAUUGUCUUUGUGGCACAGUUUGGUUGAUAAAUGCAUUUCUAAUAAAUCAAUUCACAGAUUAACAAGCUAAUCACAUGAAAACCAACCAUUACCGUUAGAAAGUUCCGAUUAUUGCACUAUUUCACUGACAAACAUUCUACCUUUAGGAGAUAAGUGGGCAAAGGCAGAGCAUCUAGAAAGUUACAUUUUAAUUUAAUUAGGCCAAACGCGGACUUAAUUAAUUCUGACGCCUCAGUGGUGACGUAAGCAAAAGGCAGCAUGACUUUGUGAAGCCCUCUUAGCGUUUCCUCAUGGAGUCAGAGCGUCCCAUAGAGGAAUCCUUGAUGUUAAGACAAACCUUCCAGGCCUUGGAGCUGUCAUACUGCUGGUGUUGAAGACUAAUGGAGACUGAAUCAUAGAAGGUAAAUGGACAAUCACGGUCUCUACUUCUUCUUGGCACCGCCAAGCUAAGAUCAGUUUGUGUUCGCUGUACAUUCCAGCUGACAGCGGUACGAAGCUCAGCAGGGCACUAAGGUCUGUCUGCGGCUACAUGGGUAUUUAUUUGUUUUGUAUUGUACAGAAAGAGUUUAUUUUCAUUAAAAUUGCUGAAGGAAUUGUGA